AUGCCCGCCUCCACGUCCGUCAAGCUCAACACUGGCGCAAUUAUGCCCACCGUCGGCCUUGGCACCUGGAAGUCCCAGCCUGGUCAGGUCGAGCACGCCGUCGAGUUUGCGCUCAAGAACGGCUACAAGCACGUCGACACUGCCGCUGCGUACUCAAACGAGAACGAGGUUGGCCAGGGCAUCAAGGCCUCUGGCGUCUCUCGUGAGCAGAUCUUCCUUACCACCAAGUUAAACAACCCCGACCACAAGAACGCGGCCAAGGCGCUCGAGUCGUCGCUCCAGAAGCUAAACACGCCCUACCUCGACCUCUGGCUCAUGCACUGGCCCGCGCCGAUGACGAGUGACUUCAAGGCUGACAAGAGCCAUGACUGGCUCGAUACUUGGAAGUCGAUGGAGGACCUCUUCCUUGCCCACCCCGAUAAAGUCAAGGCCAUCGGGGUUUCCAACUUCUCUGUCGAAUUUCUCGAGCGUCUCCUCCCUGUUGCUCGGGUCGUCCCCGCGGUCAACCAGAUUGAGCUCCACCCUUCUUGCCCACAGCAAGACGUCGUGAAGUAUUGCCAGUCUAAAGGCAUCGUCCUUACCGCAUACUCUCCUCUUGGCUCGGACAACUCGCCCCUACUCAAGAACGAAGUCGUCAACAAACUCGCGGCGGCGCAUAACGUUCAGCCCGCGAACAUCCUCGUUUCGCUUUGGGCCAACGUCUCCGGAACCACUGUCCUCCCCAAAUCGGUCACUAACUCGCGUAUCCUGAGCAACUCCACGAUCGUCGACCUCUCGGACGCUGAGAUCCAGGAACUGUUCAAGAUCGACGGGACGCACCACUUCCGUGCCUGCCACCCUGGCUGGACUGGAUGGGGCAGCUUGGGCUUCCCCGACUGCAACUAG